CUGAAGAGUUGGCUUCUGGAGUGAUUUUAGUUUGGGGCUAUCAGAAAGUCCUGGGGCCAUGUCUUCUGGGGUCCCUCCAGUCUCAAUCAGACCAUUAAGUCUGUUCUUUUUACUAGAACUUGAGUUCUGCAUCCACUUUUCUCUUGCUCCGUCAGGGACUCUCUGUUGUGUUCCCUGUCAGGAUGGUCAUGGGUGGUAGCCGGGCAAAUGCACGUGUUUUUAAAGGAACUUUUAUAUUAAUACCUUAAGUGGAAAACCAGGUCACUUGCUCUGAGAAACAGUUAAUGAAAACAAAUCCGCGGUAUCAAAUUCUAGUCAGAUAUUGCGGCCAGUGGAGGAGACUAGACAGUGUUAGACAAGGAGCACUAAACGGAGAUGUCUCUCCUGGACUUAAACAGAAAGAUGGAAAGAAAAAUGAAAAAAGAGGAACUUCACCGUCACAUGACUCCUUUCUAUGUCAUGCCUGGCUCAGGGUCACCUAACAUGUAACCCAUCACACUCCGGAAACGCUGUUCAGGGAACUGAGCUUUGCAAUUUUAAGGCUUUAGAUGGCUGUGGACUUACUGACUCUUCUUUCCUUUGGACUUACUGACCGCCUGAAGGUGCACUGAUUAAUACUGACACCAACAGCUUUUCAUUUCACAGGAUACCACUGUGUGUGUGUGUGUGUGUGUGUGUGUGUGUGUGUGUGUGUGAGAGAGAGAGAGGCAGUGUGUGUGGGCGAGUGUGUGUGACUAUGUGUUUGUAAGAGUGUGUAAGCGAGUGUGUGGGACAGUGUGUUUCUGUGUGGGGGGAGAGUGUGUGUGUGACUGCAUUUGUGAGACUGUGUAUGUGUGUGGGUGCGCGCGCGUUGGAGGGGUGUUCCAAGACUCCCUCGUCCGUCUCCUAGUUCAAAUGUGACGGAAGAGAGAUACACGCUGGCCGGCUCUCCCAGCCGGUGUCAGUCACCCAGCCUAGGUUGUGAAAUGUGCACGCAGGAGGGUUUCCAGGCCAAGAGGAGCCAGCUGGUGGGGCUGCUGGUCUCGGGGUCCCUGGAGGGCUUUGAGGGUGUCCUGGACUGGCUGCUGUCCUGGGAAGUCCUUUCCUGGGAAGAUUAUGAGAGCCUUAGUGUCCUGGGCCAGCCCCUCUCUCACCUGGCCAGGCGACUCCUGGACACGGUGUGGAAUAAGGGGGCUUGGGGCUGUGAACAGCUCAUGGCAGCUGUUCAGGAGGCCCAGGCCGACAGCCGGCCCCUCGAGCUGCGUGGACUCUGGGACCCACACUCACGCUGCCCAGCUCGUGACCUGCAGAGUCACCGGCCAGCCAUUGUCAGGAGACUCUACAGUCACGUGGAGGGUGUGCUGGACCUGGUGCAGGAGCGGGGCUUCGUCAGCCAGUACGAAUGUGAUGGAAUCAGGCUGCCCAUCUUCACGUCAUCCCAGCGGGCAAGAAGGCUGCUGGAUCUUGCCACGGUGAAGACCAAUGGAUUGGCUGCCUUCCUUCUACAGCAUGUUCAGGAAUUACCAGUCCCAUCGGCCCUGCCUUUUGAAGAUGCCGCAUGUAAGAAGUACAUGUCCAAGCUGAAGAGCAUGGUAUCUGCUCAGUCUCGCUUCCUGAGUACCUAUGAUGGGGCGGAGAACCUUUGCCUAGAAGACAUAUACACGGAGAAUGUCCUGGAGGUGCGGACGAAUAUCGGCAUGGCUGGACCCCCUCAGCAGAGCCCGGCCACCCUGGGCCUGGAGGAGCUCUUCAGCUCCCAGGGCUGUCUCAAUGAAGAUGCAGACACGGUGCUGGUGGUGGGCGAGGCGGGCAGUGGCAAGAGCACACUCCUGCAGCAGCUGCACUUCCUGUGGGCUGCAGGCCGGGACUUCCAGGAGUUUCUCUUCGUCUUCCCGUUCAGCUGCCGGCAGCUGCAGUGUGUGGCAAAACCCCUGUCGGUACGGACGCUGCUCUUUGAACACUGCUGCUGGCCCGACGUUGGCCAGCAGGAUGUCUUCCAGUUCCUCCUUGACCACCCUGACCGCGUGCUGCUCACCUUUGAUGGCUUCGACGAGUUCAGGUUCAGGUUCACCGAUCGUGAGCGCCACUGCUCUCCGACCGACCCCACAUCCGUCCAGAAUCUGCUCUUCAACCUUCUGCAGGGCAACCUGCUGAAGAACGCCCGCAAGGUGCUGACCAGCCGUCCGGAUGCGGUGACGGCCUUUCUCCGGAAGUACGUCUGCAGGGAGCUCCACCUCAGGGGCUUCUCGGAGGAGGGCAUCGAGCUGUACAUGCGGAGGCACCAUCGGGAGCCGGGGGUGGCAGACCGUCUCAUCUGCCUGCUCAAAGCCACCUCAGCCUUGCAUGGUUUGUGCUACCUCCCUGUCUUCUCGUGGAUCGUGUCCAGAUGCCACCAGGAGCUGUUAUUGCAGGGCGGGGGCUCCCUGAAGACCACCACGGACAUGUACCUGCUGAUCCUGCAGCACUUUCUGCUUCAUACCUCCCCACCAGACACAGACCCCCGUGGCCCGGGUCCCAGCCUCCUUCGAGGCAGGCUCCCCACACUCCUGCGCCUGGGCCACCUGGCUCUCUGGGGCCUGGGCACGUGCUGCUAUGUGUUCUCAGCCAAGCAGCUCCAGGCUGCACAGGUGGACACUGACGACAUUGCCCUGGGCUUCCUGGUACGUGCCAAAAGCGUUGUACUGGGCAGCUCGGCGCCCCUGGAGUUCUUGCACAUCACUUUCCAGUGCUUUUUUGCCGCGUUCUACCUCGUGUUAAGUUCUGACCUGCCGCCCACCACGCUCAGACACCUCUUCAAUUGCUGCAGGACAGGUGGCUCCCUGCUGGCCAGGCUGCUGCCCGCAUUAUGCAUCCAGCGCUCUGAGAGCAAGGAGAGCAGUGUGGUGGCUUGGCUGCAGAAGGCCGAGCCGCACAACCUCCAGAUUACGGCGGCCUUCCUGGCAGGGCUGUUGUCCCGGGAGCACCGGGGCCUGCUGGCCGAGUGUCAGGCGUCCGAGAAGGCCCUGCUCCAGCGCCACACCUGCGCCCGGUGGUGUCUGGCCCGCAGCCUCCGCAAGUACUUCCACUCCAUCCCGCCCGGCGUGCCGGGUGAGGCCAAGAGCAUGCACGCCAUGCCCGGCUUCCUCUGGCUCAUCCGGAGCCUGUACGAGAUGCAGGAGGAGCGGCUGGCCCGGGAGGCCGUGCGUGGGCUGGACGUUGAGCACCUGAAGCUGACGUUUUGUGGCGUGGGCCCCGCCGAGUGUGCGGCCCUGGCCUUUGCACUGCAGCACCUCCGGCAGCCCGUGGCCCUGCAGCUGGACUACAACUCUGUGGGUGACAUCGGCGUGGAGCAGCUGCUGCCUUGCCUCGGUGUCUGCAAAGCUCUCUACUUGCGGGACAACAAUAUCUCAGACCGAGGCAUCUGCAAGCUCAUUGAGCAUGCUCUUCACUUCGAGCAGCUGCAGAAAUUAGCCCUGUUCAACAACAAAUUGACUGACGGCUGUGCACGCUCCAUGGCCGAGCUACUUGCGCGCAAGCAGAACUUCUUGGCAUUGAGGCUGGGAAAUAACCACAUCACUGCUGUGGGGGCUGAGGUGCUGGCCCAGGGGCUCCGAGACAACUGCUCCCUCCAGUUUCUGGGGUUCUGGGGCAACAGGGUGGGUGACAAGGGUGCCCAGGCCUUGGCUGAAGCCUUGAGUGACCAUCAGAGCUUGAAGUGGCUCAGCCUGGUGGGGAACAGCAUUGGCAGUGUGGGUGCCCAAGCUUUAGCACGGAUGUUAGAAAAGAACAUGGUACUGGAAGAGCUCUGCCUGGAGGAGAACCAUCUCCAUGAUGAAGGCUAUCCAACAACAGCAUCACCUAUGCUGGGGCAGAAGCCCUCCUGCAGACCCUUGAGAGGAAUAACACCAUCCUGGAAGUCUGGCUCCGAGGGAACACUUUCUCUCCAGAGGAGAUCGAGACACUCAGCCACAAGGACACCAGACUCUUGCUUUGAUGUCUCUGGUCUGACGCUUAUCUCAGUUUGUUUGGACCCAGAAGCUGGAUUACAUAUGGUGGCAGCAGCCCAUUCAGACUGAGCUCUGUCCUGCUCAGGGCUGACAUAGUUUUCUGGAAAUAUAAUUGGUCAGUUUUCUUCUGGUGGAGGAAGGAGCAUCAAUGCUUUCCAGAAUAGACUUCUCCCAAGCCUACUUUUGCCAUAAGGAGCCCUGACGAUGCAACAGUUAAGUGCUUAGCUGUUAACCGAAAGGUUGGUGGUUCAAACCCACCCAGUGACUCUGUGGGAGAAAGGCCUGGUGAUCCGCUUCAAAGAUUACAGCCAAGAAAACCCUAUGGAGCAGUUCUGCUCUGUCACAUAGGGUCGCUAUGAGUCAAAAUUGACUUGACGGCAUGUGACAACACUUCUGCCAUCAAAUUCUUCCCGAGAGUUGAUCCAUGGAUGUAGAAGAGGGGCAGCCCCCCUUCACAGCAUGGGGCCAACCUCCAGCUGAUCCUUCAGGGGUCAAUGGGGCUCAUGUAUGUUAACCGAGUGCCUACUGUAUAGAGACCCAGACCUACACGAAAGCCCCCCUCACUACUCCUCCCACAAUGAGGAGGGGGUGUUCCGGAAGCAGCCAUCUGGCCUCUCGAGUCUCAUGGGUCAUUCCCCAUAUCUGGCACCUCCAACUCGUCCUGGAUUCCUGUACAUGGAACGCCAUCUGUGGCUGAGGAUUCAGAGUAUUGGUGUAUUCAGCUUUGAUAGUUUGCGUAUAGCACCCCCAGCACCCCGCUGCCCUCCCUGCAGGAGCAGGGCUUACAGUUUACCCUGCUCUCCUUUCUGGUGCCUAAGACAUUAUUGGAAGGGAAUACAGGACAGGCAGUCUGUGCUUGUUCCCCAAGACCUUCUAGAUUUGCAACAAAAUAGUAUCACACUACAGCUGGGAUCACAUGUGGACUUUUAUUUUCAGUGAAAUCCAUUACUCUCCAGCCCCCCAUCAAAGUGCAGCUUUUAAAAAUGAAUCUGGGCCAGAAGUUUGUAUGGCCUGACUAGGGCUCUGGCUGAUGCCUGUGAAGUGAACUCUGGACAGACUUCUGAAAUAUAUUCCUAAGAAGGGCUUGGUUUUUUAUUUGUUCCAGAAUACUUUAGGACAUAAAGUCAGGGAUUGAAAGUUUACAGGGGCAAACUCAGGCCCCACCUUACAAACACAUGUCUUUCUGGAUUUUUCAGAUGUAGAAGCCUUUGAAAGCUGCCAGGUGCUAUGCACGUGUUACUGUUUUAAGCAUUAUUAUUUGUGAAAACUGGUUAAUAUUUCUAAACCACUUUGUGUUAUUCUUCAAAGUUUGUAUUUUUUGAUAUAAUUUUAUUUGUUUGGUUGUUGCCGUUGAAAAUAUACACAGAAAACAUACACCAAUUGAACUGUUUCCACAUGUACCAUUUAGUGACGUUGUCUCGAGAUGUGUGACCAUUCUCACCCUCCUUUUCUGAGUUGUUCCUCUGCCAUUAACGUAAGCUCACUGCCCCCUUAAAUUCCUAUCUAAUC